AUGCUCAUUAGCUCCAUUCUGAUUGCGCAGUUGGUAUCAGUCGUGUUCGGGCAGUUUACGGAUAUUCCGGGAAAUAGCAACAGCGGCAUAACUCUUUCCAUGAUCAACGGUCAUCAGCUGCCUUUCAAUAUCCUAGUUGUUUUGCCCGAAAACGAAUCAAACAAUGACAAAUUCGGGAUCACAAUGCCAAAAGCGCGUCCAGUAAUUGAAAUUAGUGUCAUGGAUGCAAUACGAUCUGGAAAAAUUGGUUCAGAUUUUGUUAAUUUUACAUAUCAUGACUCGAGAUUUUGGGCAAAUGCAAAUUUGGCAGAACGUUACGCAACUCUUGGUGUUGUGAAUGCAUUUUGCGCUCGACGUCUGGAUGCAAUCCUUGGCUUUGCGGAUAGCUAUAGCUUAGCGACGAUUUCCAAGAUAACAGCUGCAUUUGGUUAUGGUGUCCCAGUGAUUACCACUGCGGGAAUGGUUUCAAUGCUUGGUGACCGGCAGACAUUUCCGUUCUUGACACGGAUGCAGGGAAGUUAUCGACAGAUGGCCGAUAGUAUGUACAAGCUGAUUGCUUAUCGGGAAGAAGAAUUCGAAGAUGAUAAUUCCGGUGCCGCACCUGGCGCACAUCGUUCACCGGUACAUGAAUCACAGCUUUCGCUUGGGUAUCGGAAUCUGGUACUAAUGUAUCACGAUAAACGUCGUGCGAUAAAUCGACCACGCUUGGCGGACGGCGAAACAACGGUUGCCGAAACUGUUUCGAGCCACUGCUAUUUUACGCUUUAUGCUAUUAAAAAUUUUUUCACGGAAAAAAGCGCCUUUUUCAAGGAAGCCUGGAAAAUUCAGACACCGUCGUUGGCAUUCGAUGAGGAGAUUGAGCGGACACCAGGCGAAAUCGAAAGUUGGCUCAAAAUUGUCUCCGAACUGGCGAAUGGUUAG